AUGGCGCCAACCACGCCACUCUGUCGUCUGCUUCUCGCAGCUGCGUCUUGUCUUUCUCUGGUAUUUGGUUCCUCCACCAAGUGCAAAGGAUGUGCUGCAGAUACAGUCAUGCUCAAUGGGUCCAUUUACACCCUUGACGAGUUUUCAUCCAAGCACAGUGCUAUGGCUGUGAAGAAUGGUUUCAUUACUUUCCUCGGCAGCGACAACGACGUUCAGCCUUUGAUCGGUCCCGAUACCCUGGUCUUCAAUCUUGAAGGUCGGAUGGCAAUGCCGGGCUUGAUCGACGCUCACAUGCAUGUCAUCUCAGGUGGUGCAGACCUCCUCAAGUGCAGCAUGAACUACCAACCACUGGGUCUCAAGGAGGUGCUCGACCAUAUCCAAGGAUGUCUGGACUCGGACACUGACAAGAAUGAUGACGACUGGCUCGAUGUCAUCGCUCUUGACUAUUACACCUUGUCCGAUGCCACUGGGGGCGUGACGAAGCGGGACUUGGACAAGCUCAAGACGAAGCGACCUAUCCUAGUCCAAUCAGCAGACCGACACACCUUUUGGGUCAACUCAGCUGCUCUCCGUGCCUCUUCCAUCACAGCCGCCACCAAAAACCCUCCCGGUGGGGUGGUUGAGCGUCUUCCUGGUGGCAAAGAACCUUCCGGAAUUCUACAAGAUAAUGCGAGUGAUUUACUAGCCGGCCCUGCUCCGCCCACACCCGAGGAUGACGUCAAGUCUGGAAAGGCUGCUCUGAAGCUGCUUCGCGAGCAAGGCGUUACAGCUUUCCAGGACGCUGCCGCAGGCCCAGAUACCGGCAAGGCUUUUGCUGCGAUCAAGAAAGAAGGAGGCCUUACUGCGAGAGGAUUCUUCGACUAUAGGAUCGACGCACCCAACUCGACGAAAGAGAUCGAGGCGUUGGUGCAGGACGUCCUCAAUGUCACUUCGACCUGGAACGAUCCCACGGAGUUGGGUCCAGACCCAACUCUCAAGUGGCAUGCAGUGAAGCUCUUUGUUGAUGGAGUCAUCCUAUACCCAGCAAACACCGGGGCACUUCUUGAGCCGUAUUUCAUGCCAAAUGAUAACGGCACCGUCUGGGAGCCUGACCCAAAGGCCAAACCUGAGCCGUACUGGAGUAGGGAAAUUCUGAGCGCGGUCCUCGCACCUCUUAUAUGCAACCGCAUAGACGCUCAAAUGCAUGUUGAUGGUGACUUGGCAGUUCGUGUUGCCCUCGAUGCUCUGGAGGAUGUCCGCACCAAGUACCCUCACCUGAAUGACUAUCGAGUUGGGCUUGCUCAUAACGAGCUGACCGACCCAAACGACUGGCCCAGGUUUGCUGAGCUUAAAGCCGAUCCCAUCAUGAGCUUUCAGUGGUCACAAGCUAGCUCAGUUUGGCUUCCUAAUGGUUUAAAGAGCAUGGGACCAGUCCGUUCAAACUAUCUCGAGGCGUGGGGGCAUAUCGCCGCCUUUGGGGCUCGGAUCAUAUAUGGAAGUGACUGGCCAAUUGACCCUCUUGAUGAGUGGCUUGCGAUCAAGGCCGGAGUCACCCGUUCUGGUGAUCCGACCAACUCCAAUUCCCCAGCUUCGCAGGGUGCGCCGUACAACGGCACAGGUAUUCCUGGGCUUUCACUCACCCGAGAGCAGGCUAUUCGGGCCAUCACGACAGAGAGCUCGAGGUUUGUCAGGGCAGACCGCUACAUCGGCUCGUUGGAGGUCGGGAAGGUCGCAGAUGUGAUCAUCUUACAGUCCAACUACUUUGAAGUACCUGAUGACGAGAUUGCUCGCCAGAAGACUUUAGUGACCAUGGUUGGUGGCGAGGUUCUGUACAUUGCAGAGGGCAUCGAUUUUGGAAACGGUGCCGUGGCCAAGUUUCCGAACAACGACACCAUCAGCCACACUAUAAAGAAGAGAAGCGUGGGAGGCAUUCAAGGCAGCUCUUUGUCUGAAGAGGGACGGGAGUCAAUGCGCAGGUUGGCUGUUCGCAAUGCCUGCGAUCAUGGGACCGGCCACAGGCACUGA